AUGAAACAAAUAGAUGGAUUUCACAUAAUGGUAGUGUCCCAGUACUUCACAACACUCGAAGACUUCAUUAACUUAGAAUUUGUUUGCAAAAAGUAUCAAGACACCAUGGCGAAGUAUCAUUUCAACCCGAUUCCAAUAAAUAAGACGACAAUAAAGUACUUUCCAAAUAUAGAGACUCUUAACCUUUGGAAUAAAGAAGAUGAGACUUAUGAAAAUCAUUUUUUACCCAACAAGAGGGUGUUAUUAAAAGAAAAGGUCGAAUUUUAUCGGAUCAACGUGUGGUUUCAAGUGACUUAUUAUUUUUCGAAAACACAUGAAAACACCAAUUUGAUAUUUAAAAAUAUCAUGUACACAAAAGACGAUGUUACAAGAUAUGGAGAGUCCUUCCCAACUCAUAUUAAGAGCAUAGGUAAAGAAAGUUACACUUCUUCGUCUUUUUCUAUUUUUAAACUCCUCGAUUCAAUCACCUCCCUUGGUAUUUCCAGCUUUCAAAACUGUUCCAAUUUAACAUCACUGACACUUUCUCACUUUAUCAAAGAAAUUGGUGCCCAUUGUUUUGAGAGGUGUAUAGCAUUGAAAUCAAUUGAUCUUCCACAGACAGUCACAUUCAUGGGUACGCACUGUUUUGGCUAUUGCAGUCAAUUGAGUUCUAUUAGUCUUCCGGAGUCCUUGGUGGUAUUAAAAAGUGGGUUAUUCAGUUGUUGUACAAAUCUCCAACAUGUGACAUUUCCGUCUCAAGUCAAGAUUUUUGAAAAAAACUGCUUUUCUCAUUGUGAAUCACUGAAGUCGCUUAUUAUACCCAACUGUGAAUCUUGUUUUUGUAAUGACGUGUUUCAUUUUUGCACCAAUUUAACUUCUUUUUCUUUGAGUGGAAAGGUGAGUAUAAUAAAAAAUGGAUGUUUUGAGGAAUGCAGUUCAAUUGUUGAUAUUCAUUUACCAAAUAGUGUUACGGCUAUAUACUCCAUGUGUUUCUUUAAUUGCGUUGCUUUGAAGACAAUAACACUGCCAUUAAAAUUGACAGAAAUUCCAGAGAUGUGUUUCUGUAAUUGUGAACUAUUAGAAAGUGUUGACAUCCCAGAAUGUAUUAGUAUCUUCGGUUCAAGUGCAUUUUAUGGAUGUGAAAAGAUGAAGCACAUUAAAAUACCAAAAAGCGUCACUGUGAUUAAAGAUUAUUGUUUUAGUUGGUGUACAUCACUUGAAAUUAUACUACCAAAUCAUAAUAUAAUAUUAGAAGAGGAGUGUUUUGAAAAGUGCAAAAGUGUCGUCUUCAAAUGA